AUGAGUGAGAUGUCAUUCACCAUCUCACAUGCUCUUCACAGCAUUCAGUACAACCAAACACUCUUGAAGACCUGCAUCUUAAUCAAUAGUCGGAUGUACCCUGAACACCUCUUCACUAUACCUGACAUGCAGGUGACCAUGAAGCCUACAACCGCAAUAGCUGCUGAGACUCAACUUCUCUGGAUGGUUGAAUCUGGAUUCACUCAGUCUCGGGUUGCCAUCAUGACAAAAAUGGGGGAUAUUCUUCUAUCGCACAAAGAGCUCCUCCUCAUUCUUAUGAUCUUGGUCAAAGAAAGGAAGAAAUAUGUCUCCCCUGCAGCAAACUCCAUUACUUGGAACCAGACACGUGAAGAGGGAUUGUUAUUUGGGCCAGUAGUAGCAAUGGGGCAUGAGUGGAUUGACAUUGAGUCUGUUGAAUAUUUUGUAUGGGUGAAGUCUGGGGAUCAGCAUAUCGAUUUGACUGCUGCUCCCACAGUGCAUGGUACACUAUUUCCCAAUAUUGACAUGGACAAUGUGACUGACACAUUGAAUGAUGGUUUGGAUCAUGUGAAAGCCACAAUGAGCAGCACCCUUGACACCAUUGAAUCCGCCAUAGAUCAUCAGCAUCUCCUCACUCCCAGUGCACUUACAUUCAAUUGGAAGCUCGACAGUUCCUCUAUGUCAGUUGCCAUUUAUGAAACUGCCUACUUCUACUACUGUGAUUGGUGCCAUCACCAAUUCUCUGGCACAAAAUGUUGUUGUGUGGACAAUCCUACCAUGGAUGAGAGUACCAGACCCUCAACCAGGAGAGCAUUAUCCUCUGGACAUGUCCAGGCAGAUAACCCAGAGAACACCAAACCCUCAACCAGCCAUGAAUCCAUCUCUGACACAAGCAACGAGACUGUUUCCUCUUCAGAACUAGCAACACCUGGAACUGAGUCUUCCUCUGAACUUAGUGAUGAUUCAGAUGUCUAG